AUGUCCGUAUCGCUCAAAAAUAAUGACGAAUCCAUAUUUCAAGAUAACCAAAGGAGGAACUUGAAUGUUAUGAUAAAAAUAAUUAAGAAUAAGAUACUUAAUAAAUCAAACCAAAUUAUCGCUAGACGAAAUAAUGCAAACAAUUAUACAUCUUCAAUUAAAAUUAAUGAAAUAUCCUUAUAUGAAAAUUCAGCAAUAAAAGACGAUAAGUACUCUCAUCUAAGUGUUGUUCCAGUAAAAAAUAGGUUUAAAUCAUUCUCAAUGAAAAAUGAAUUUGAGAAUAACGAAAUUAGUCUAAAGGGCACGUCAAAUCAUACCAAACAAAAAAAAAACUUCUUUAAACGAAAAAAAUCAGAAGAAAUAUCGAAUAUUCAUGAAAAAAAACUAACAUUUAAAGACUUACUUGAGCAGAUAGAAUCUGCUCGUAAUAUGGGUGAAGAGAGGAUAAAUCGAGCAAAUAAAUAUUACAAUAAACUAAUGAGCUAUGUAAAAUAUCAUGCAAUUGAUGAAGUAGUAGAGUUUAUUUUAAACUUUUUGAGUAGAGAAGAAAUAUCUUUACUAAUUAAUUAUAACUUUGAGCAUGUCUUUUUCAGCAAUUCCCAAGAAACAUGUUUGUUCGAAGUCUAUCUUCAAACAAGAUCUAAAAUAUCCAAUAAAAUUAUUGAUCAAGAAGAUAAUUUGUUUAAAUUUGAAGAAAUUUUGGAUAAAAAAUAUUCUGAAAAUGAAGAAUCGGAAGAAAAUUUUAGUGGGUAUUUUAUUGAUGCAUUCUCAAAUUUAAAAGUGCAAGAUGAAGAUCUGGAUGGAUUUCUAAAUUCCAUUGGAACAAGCAAUUUAUUUAUUGAAUUUUCAAUUGAAUAUUUGGUUUCCAGAACUUGUAAUGUGUCACUUGAAAUAAACAAAACGGUAGUUGACUGUAUUAAAAAAGAAAUAAUAGAUAUAAAUACUGGAAUGUACAAAGGGGUGAAUAGAGAAUUAUUUAAUUAG